AUGUGGUGCAACCUGCAUCACAUCAAUCCAAGAGUUUGUCCAUCAGCAACCUCUUUGAACAUCAACAUCAUGUUCAUGAAGUUGCUUAUUUUCGGAGCCACGGGUGCGGCCGGUGGCUGGACUGCCCGAAAGGCCAUUGCGCAUGGUCAUGAUGUGACCCUGCACGUUAGAGAUGAGAACCGUGUGCCAGGCGACAUCAAAAACUCUGGCAAAGUGAAGAUCAUCCAAGGCAUUUUAUCCGAUGAAGAGUCACUCUCGGAAGCAGUCCAGGGCCAAGAUGCGAUUCUGUCAUGUAUUGGGCCAAACGGGCCGUGGCCUUCCAAGGGCGAACUCUCCAACGGCUACCGCCUUAUCUUCAGAUUGAUGAGGCGACACAACGUUCGUCGAGUCAUUGCGAUGGCCACAAUCAGUUGUUAUGACGAACGCGACUCGUUUGCACUCUCUCGUCUUCUUGCCUACAGUGCGGUGUUCGUGCUGGCGCGGACGGCGCAAAACGAAAUCCUGGCGAUAGAGGAAGCUUUCAAGGAGGAAGGUCAAGGGCUGGACUGGACCUUGUGUCGAGUGCCAGUGCUUGGGAGCUCGUCAAAAGACGGCGGCAUGGCGGAGGCAGGCUGGGUGGGAGAUGGAAAGUGGAAUGCCUUUCUCGAGCGCAGAGAUUGGGCGAACUGGAUGAUACGGGAAGCUGAAAGGGACCAGCCGAUGUGGGUUGGCGAGAUGCCUGCACUGUAUACCCCGAAGAGAUAA